GAGCUCAUUCCCCACGCCGGCCACCCUGACUCUGUCCCGGACGGUGUGCCCGCAGCCACUGCCAGCCAUGGCAGGGCCCCAGGGCCGCCUCCUGCUCUACCUCCUGGUCUUAUGUCUGGCAGGCUCCAGCUUCAUCAAGGGGCAGAAGGUGCGGUCUAAGCGCUGUGACACAAAGACCAGGUACGUCACCCACACGCUCUGCACCCCAUGCGCUGCUGUCACGAGGCAGAUGUGUCCCCCAGGCUGGACCCGAGAAUUCCCUGAGAAGAUAUCACGGGACUGCCACUAUGAGGUGCAGCUGGGGGACUCCUUGACAUCCAUGAGUGGCUGCAGGCAGGAGUGCUGGAAGGAGGUGGUGCAGAAGGCCUGUUGCCCCGGCUACUGGGGGUCUAUGUGCUACGAGUGCCCCGGAGGGGCUGAGACCCCAUGCAACGGCCAUGGAACCUGCCUGGAUGGCACGACCAGGAAUGGGACCUGCAUUUGCCAGGAAAACUUUAGCGGCACAGCCUGUCAGGAGUGCCAAGACCCCAGUAGGUUUGGGCCUGAUUGCCAGUCUGUGUGUAGCUGCGUGCAUGGUGUGUGCAAUCAUGGGCCACGUGGGGAUGGGAGCUGCCUUUGCUUUGCUGGAUACACCGGCCCCCGCUGUGACCAAGAGGUACCUGUCUGCCAGGCCCUGCAUUGCCCCAAGAACUCUAAGUGCUCCGCAGAGGCCCCCUCCUGCCACUGUCUGCCCGGCUACACCCAGCAGGGCAGCGAAUGCCUAGCCCCCAACCCCUGCCAGCCACGGUCACCCUGCGCUCCAGUGGCCCAGUGCUCUGUGAGCCCCACAGGGCAGGCACAGUGUCGCUGCCCAAACCGCUACCAUGGUGAUGGGACGGUGUGUCUGCCCAAGGACCCAUGCACCAUCAACAAUGGUGGCUGCCCCAGCAACUCCACCUUAUGUAUAUACCAAUGGCCAGACAAGGCCUCCUGCUCAUGUAGACCUGGCCUGCUCAGCGUCAACCAUAAUGCCUCUGCUGGCUGCUUCACCUUCUGCUUCCCCCAUUCCUGUGACCGGUCAGCCACCUGCCAGGUGACCCCUGAGAAGAAUAUCAGCUGUGUGUGCAAGGAGGGCGAGGUGGGGGAUGGGUAUGCCUGCUACGGGCACCUGCUCCACGAGUUGCAGAAGCCCAACCAGGUGGGCCUGGUGUACCUGCGUCUGAGAACUGCCCUCGACAUGUUGGGCCAGGGCUGCCGGGAGCUCCUCACCACUGCAGGCCCGUUCACUGUGCUCGUUCCAUCGGUCGUCUCCUCCCCCAGGAGCAUGAAUGUAUCCUUUGCCCAGCAGCUCUGCAGACAGCACAUCAUCGCAGGACAGCACGUGCUUCAGGAGGAGGGCCUGCAGACACGAAGGUGGUGGACACUGGCUGGGCAGCCCCUCACCAUCACCUUCAACCGCUUCAUGCGCAAAUACACCUACUGGUAUGAAGACCAGCCCCAGAAGAAAAUCACCAUCCACAGGGCCAACUACCCAGCUGCCAAUGGUGUCUUCCACGUGGUCACCACCCUGCGGUUGGAGCCCUCCUCAGGGCUUCCUGGGGACCCUGAGAGAACUAUCGGCAGGAUCCUCGCUUCCACGGAGGCCUUCAGCCGCUUUGAGACCAUCCUGGAGAACUGUGGACUGCCCUCCAUCCUGGACAAGGCAGGGCCCUUCACGGUCUUUGUCCCAAGCAAUGAGGCUGUGGACAGCUUGCGUGACGGCCGCCUCAUCUACCUCUUCACAACAGGUCUCUCCAAACUGCAGGAACUGGUGAAGUUCCACAUCUAUAGCCAGGGCCACAUGACCACUGAGAAACUCAUUUCGAAGGGUCGUGUCCUCACCAUGGCGAACCAGGUCCUGGCUGUGAACAUCUCUGAGGAGGGGCGCAUCCUGCUGGGACCUCAGGGGGUCCCACUGCGGCAAGUGGAUGUACUGGCUGCCAACGGCGUGAUCCACGUGCUGGAUGGCAUCCUGCUGCCCCCAACCAUCUUGCCCAUCCUGCCCAAGCAGUGCAGUGAAGAGCAGCACAAGAUUGUAGCGGGCUCCUGUGUGGACUGCCAGGCCCUGAACACCAGCAUAUGCCCCCCAAACAGUAUGGAACUGGACAUCUUGCUUAAGGAGUGUGUCUACAUUCAUGACCCUACUGGGCUCAAUGUCCUGAAGAAGGGCUGUGCCCGCUACUGCAACCAGACCAUCAUGAAACCUGGAUGCUGCAAAGGGUUUUUUGGGCCUGACUGUGCACAGUGUCCUGGGGGCUUCUCCAACCCCUGCUAUGGCAAAGGCAACUGCAGUGAUGGGGUCCAGGGCAAUGGGGCCUGCCUCUGCUUCCCAGACUACAAAGGCAUUGCCUGCCACAUCUGCUCCAACCCAAAGAAGCAUGGAGACCAGUGCCAGGAAGACUGUGGUUGUGUCCAUGGUUUAUGUGACAACCGUCCAGGCAGUGGGGGUGUGUGUCAACAUGGCACGUGUGCCCCUGGCUUCAGUGGACGCUUCUGCAAUGAGUCCACGGAGGACUGUGGGCCCAUGGGCCUAGCCCAGCACUGCCACCAGCAAGCCCGCUGUGUCAGCCAGAGGGGUGUCUCCAGGUGUCUCUGUCUUGACGGCUUUGAGGGUGAUGGCUUCACCUGUACUCCCAGCAACCCCUGUUCCCACCCAGACCGUGGUGGCUGCUCAGAGAAUGCCGAGUGCAUCCCCGCGGCCUCAGGUACCCACAACUGCACAUGCCACAAAGGCUGGAGUGGGGAUGGCCGGGUCUGUGUGGCCAUCGACGAAUGUGAGCUGGACACACGGGGCGGCUGUCACACCGAUGCCAUCUGCAGCUACGUGGGCCCUGGGCAGAGCCGGUGCACCUGCAAGCUGGGUUUUGCUGGAGAUGGCUACCUGUGCAGCCCCAUCGACCCCUGCCGGUUGGGCAACGGUGGCUGCCAUGACCUGGCCACCUGCCGGGCAGUAGGGGGAGGUCAGCGGGUCUGCAAGUGCCCGCUUGGUUAUGGGGGUGAUGGAUUCAGCUGCUACGGAGACAUCUUGCAGGAGCUGGAGGCAAACGCUCACUUCUCCACCUUCUCCCAGUGGAUCAAGAGUGCCGGCAUCACCCUUCCCGCUGACAGCCGCGUCACAGCCCUGGUGCCCUCUGAGUCUGCCAUCCGCAGCUUGAGCCCUAAGGACAAGGCCUUCUGGCUGCAGCCAAGGAUGCUUCCACAGCUGGUCAGGGCCCAUUUUCUCCAGGGUGCCCACUCUGAGGAGCAGCUGGCCCAGUUGGGUGGGCAGGAUGUGGCCACUCUGAACCCUACCACACGCUGGGAGAUUCACAACAUUAGUGGGAGGGUCUGGGUGCAGAACGCCAGCGUGGAUGUGGCUGACCUCCUUGCCACCAAUGGUGUCCUACACAUCCUCAGCCAGGUUUUAAUGCCUCCCCUGGGCAAUGAGCUGCAGGGGCAGGGGUUACUGCAGCAGCUGGGCUCUGUGCCAGCCUUCAGUCUCUUCAGGGAGCUGUUGCAGCAACACAGGCUAGUGCCCCAGAUUGAGGCUGCCCCUGCCUACACCAUCUUUGUGCCCACAAACCGAUCCCUGGAGGCCCAGGGUAACGGCAGCAGCCUGGACGUGGACACAGUGCGACACCAUGUGGUCUUGGGGGAGGCACUCUCAGUGGAAGACUUGAGGAGAGGGGGACACCGCAACUCCCUCCUGGGCCCCGCCCAUUGGCUAGUGUUCUACAACCACAGUGGCCAGCCUGAGGUGAACCAUGUGCCACUGGAAGGCACAGUGCUAGAAGCCCCGGGCCGUUCACUGUUCGGCCUGUCUGGUGUCCUGACGGUGGGCUCAAGCCGCUGCCUGCACAGUCAUGCGGAGGCCCUGCGGGAGAAAUGCAUCAACUGCACCCGGAAAUUCCGAUGUACCCAGGGCUACCAGCUGCAGGACACUCCCAAGAAGAGCUGUGUCUACCGUUCUGGCUUAUCCUUCUCCCGGGGCUGUUCUUACACAUGUGCCAAGAAGAUUGAGGUGCCUGACUGUUGCCCCGGCUUCUUUGGCACACUGUGUGAGCCAUGCCCGGGGGGUCUGGGUGGUGUGUGCUCCGGCCAUGGGAAGUGCCAGGACAGACUGCUAGGCAGUGGGGAGUGUCACUGCCAGGAGGGCUUCCACGGGACAGCCUGUGAGAUGUGUGAGCUGGGCCGCUACGGAGCCAGCUGUGCUGGAGUGUGUAACUGUGCCCAUGGGCUGUGCCAGGAGGGGCUACGUGGAGACGGAAGCUGUGUUUGUGAUGUGGGCUGGCAGGGCCUCCACUGUGACCAGAAAAUCACCAGCCCUCAGUGCCCAAAGGAAUGUGACCCCAAUGCCAACUGCAUUCAGGACUCAGCUGAAGCCCCUGUCUGUGUCUGCGCUGCAGGAUACUCAGGCAACGGCACCCACUGUUCAGAGGUGGACCCCUGUGCCUAUGAUCAUGGGGGCUGCUCCCUCCAUGCCAACUGCACCAAGGUGGCACCUGGACAGCGGACAUGUACCUGCCACGAAGGCUACACAGGCGAUGGGGAGCUGUGCCAGGAGGUUAACAGCUGUCUCAUUCACCAUGGGGGCUGCCACAUUCAUGCCGAAUGCAUUCCCACAGGCUCCCAGCAGGUCUCCUGCAGCUGCCGUGAGGGUUACAGUGGGGAUGGUGUCCGUACCUGUGAGCCUCUGGACCUCUGCUCCCAGCGAAAUGGAGGCUGUAGCCCCUAUGCAGUGUGCAAAAGCACAGGGGAUGGCCAGAGGACGUGCACCUGCGACACAGCCCACACAGUGGGUGACGGAUUUACCUGCCGUGCCCGAGUCAGCCUGGAGCUCCUCCGGGACAAGCAUGCCUCAUUCUUCAGCCUCUACCUCCUGGAGUACAAAGACCUCAAGGGCGAUGGGCCUUUCACAAUCUUCGUGCCUCACUCAGAUCUGAUGACAAACCUGACAUUGGAUGAACUGGCCCGAAUUCGUGCACACCGCCAGCUUGUGUUCCGUUACCACGUGGUCGGCUGCCGGCAGCUGCGUAGCCAGGAGCUGCUGGAUGCCGAGUAUGUCACUGCGCUCUCUGGGCACUCGCUACGCUUCAGUGAAAGGGAGGGCAGCAUAUAUAUCAAUGACUUUGCGCGAGUGGUGAGCAGCGACCAUGAAGCUGUGAACGGUGUCCUGCACUUCAUCGACCGUGUCCUGCUGCCACCCGAUGCGCUACACUGGGGGCCUGACGCUGCCCCAAUCCCGCUGAGAAACAUCACUGCCGCUGCUGAGAGCUUCGGUUAUAAGAUCUUCAGCGGCCUCGUGACGGUGGCUGGCCUCUUGCCUUUGCUUCGAGAGGUGUCCCAUAGGCCCUUCACAAUGCUGUGGCCCACAGAUGCUGCCUUGCGAGCCCUGCCCCCUGAGCGCCAGGCCUGGCUGUACCAUGAGGCUCAUCGUGACAAGCUGGCAGGCAUUCUGCGGGGCCAUGUGAUUGACAGCAUUGAGGCUUUGGCAUCCGACCUGCCGAACCUGGGCCCACUCCGCACCAUGCAUGGGACCCCCAUCUCCUUCUCCUGCAGCCGCACCCGACCUGGUGAGCUCAUGGUGGGUGAGGAUGAUGCCCGCAUUGUGCAGCGGCAUCUGUCCUUUGAGGGUGGCCUGGCCUAUGGCAUUGACCAGCUGCUGGAGCCACCAGGCCUUGGUGCCCGCUGUGACCGCUUUGAGACCAGGCUAGUGCAGAAGGCCUGCAGCAUCUGUGGGCUGGAGCCACCUUGUCCUCAAGGCUGGAAGGAGCAGGGCACCCCCGAGGCCUGCUGGCACUUCUACACAAAGUUCCGGCCACCCUUUUCACUACGCCCCUGGACACAGAGCAGCAUCUGGGCACGGCCCAGCCUCUGGGGCCAUCCCCAGGGCCUGGGCAGGGGUUGCCGCCGAAACUGUGUCACCACCACCUGGAAGCCCAGCUGCUGCCCCGGUCACUAUGGCAGUGAGUGCCGAGCAUGCCCUGGGGGCCCCAGCAACCCUUGUAGUGACCAUGGUGUGUGCUCGGAUGGCAUGAGCGGCAGUGGGCAGUGCAAGUGCCACACGGGUUUCACUGGGACAGCAUGUGAACUCUGUGCCCCAGGUGCCUUUGGGCCCCAUUGCCAAGCCUGCCACUGCACCUCCCAUGGCCACUGUGAUGAGGGCCUUGGGGGUUCUGGUACCUGCUUCUGUGAUGAGGGCUGGACUGGGCCACGCUGUGAGGUGCAGCUGGAGCUGCAGCCUGCGUGCACCCCACCCUGCGCUCCCCAGGCCGUGUGCCGUGCGGGCAACAGCUGCGAGUGCAGCCUGGGCUAUGAAGGGGAUGGCCAUGUGUGCACAGUGGUGGACCUAUGCCAGGAUGGGCAUGGUGGCUGCAGUGAGCAUGCCAACUGCAGCCAGAUGGGCACAGUGGUCAUCUGCACCUGUCUGCCUGAUUAUGAGGGUGAUGGCUGGAUCUGCCAGGCCCGCAACCCCUGUGAAGAUGGCCACCGUGGGGGCUGCAACGAGCAUGCUGACUGCCUGAGCACCGGCCCGAACACACGGCGCUGUAAGUGCCACACUGGCUAUGUGGGUGAUGGGAUUCAGUGUCUGGAGGAGCCCGAGCUACCUGUGGACCGCUGCCUGGGCCAGCCCCGACCCUGUCACGCAGACGCUGUGUGCACUGACCUUCACUUCCAGGAGAAACGGGCUGGGGUCUUCCACCUCCAGGCCACCAGUGGCUCUUAUGGCCUGACCUUUUCAGAGGCUGAGGCAGCAUGUGGGUCCCAGGGAGCUGUCCUGGCUUCUCUCCUUCAGCUCUCUGCUGCCCAACAGCUGGGCUUUCACCUGUGUCUUGUGGGCUGGCUGGCCAAUGGCUCAGCUGCCCACCCCGUCGUUUUCCCUGCGCCAGACUGUGGUGAUGGCCAGGUGGGCAUAGUCAGCCUGGGUGCCCGUCAAAACCUUUCAGAGCGCUGGGACGCCUACUGCUACCGCAUUCAAGAUGUAGAAUGCCAAUGCCGUGAUGGCUUUGUGGGUGAUGGGACCAGCAUGUGCAACGGGAAGCUACUUGACGUAUUGGCUACCACUGCAAACUUCUCCACUUUCUAUGGGAUGCUGUUGGGCUAUGCCAACACCACCCAAAGAGGUCUCGACUUCCUGGACUUCCUGAAUGAUGAGCUCACCUUCAAGACACUCUUUGUCCCUGUCAAUGAAGGCUUUCUGGACAACAUGACACUUAGUGGCCCAGACCUGGAGCUGCAUGCCUCCAAUGCCACCUUCCUGAGUGUCAACGCCAGCCAAGGGACUUUGCUUCCUGCUCACUCGGGCCUUAAGCUUGUCAUCAGUGAUGUGGGCUUUGGCAAUAGUUCUUGGGCCCCUGUGGUCCCUGGGGCAGUUGUGGUUGGCAGUGUCAUCCAGUGGGACAUCAUAGCCUUCAAUGGUAUCAUCCAUACUCUGGCCAGCCCCCUUCUGGCACCGCCACAACCUCAGGCGGUGGUGGCACGUGAGGCCCGACCUGUGGCAGCAGGCGUGGGGGCCGUGGUGGCCACUGGAGUGCUGCUUGGCCUGGUGGCUGGAGCCUUCUACCUCCGUGCCCGAGGCAAGACCACGGGCUUUGGCUUCUCCACCUUCCAGGCAGAAGAUGACGCUGAUGAUGACUUUUCUCCAUGGCAGGAGGGGACUAGCCCAACUCUGGUCUCUGUCCCCAACCCUGUCUUUGGCAGCCACGAUGACUUUUGUGAACCCUUUGAUGAUUCACUCCUGGAGGAGGACUUCCCAGACACCCAGAGGAUCCUGGCAGUCAAGUGA